AUGCCGCCUAAAAACCUGCUGGAGCUGAGGCCCACAGCGUCACUGGCGAGUAAACCACGUCUUCCGGGCAUCAAACACAGACCUACAAAUGUUCUCAGCAAUUUUGAAGACUCUGAUUCGGACUCAGAUUACGGGAAUGGUAAUGGAAACCAUAUUCGACUGAGUCAGACCAUCCUUGGCUCCCACAACACGCUCAAGCAGCUUCUCUCGGGUCCAAGCUCACAACAGCAAGAACCCUCUACGCCGAAAGCUCCGAAAAAGAGGGGCAGAAAGCCCAAGGUGGCUGUCCCACCACCGGAAUCUCCAUUAAAUGCAUCCACAACUCCUAUAUCUCGCUUGAAAAGCGCUGCCGCCCUGUUGGCAUCUCCUCCCGACAGGAAGCGAAGUUCCAUUCACUUUGAUGAUAUUGAAACGGUUCCUGCUCCGAAGAAGCGUCGUGGCAGACCACCAAAAGCGAAGUUUGCAGCGGAGUCCCCAGAAACUCCUAUAGAAUCUCCACAAAUAGCUCCUAAGCCACGAGCAAAGCGAAAGUACACACGCCGGCAAAAGCUACCUCAGUCACCUGAAAAUGCGCUGGAGGAAUACGUUGAACAGGUAUCUCAUCAUGAUAUAGACCUCGCAGAUGAUAGCCGGCCAGUUCCAGAGCGCCGUUCUUCCUACAACAAUAGAGGAAAGCGUGUGCUGUCAAUUGGAAAUGGAUACGUUGCAAAACCCCAUUCUGAGGUCUCUGCUACGGAGUACUACAAGCUGCUUGAUCGUUCAAUGCCGGAACCAAGUCAAAUGCGUCAACUCUUGGUAUGGUGUUUCAAGAAGAUGGAGCAAGAAACUGAUUCAGAAGAUGGAUCUUCACUGUCUGAUACGGCUAAGGGCAUUGCAAAAAUUAUCCAACAAGAGCUCUUAGAGGAUCUCGUAGACGGGACCAUAACCACUAGUUGGUAUAGCCGAAGAGACGACAAAACAGAGGACAGAUUGUCCAGCAAGCGAAUCAUUCGGCCCAACCCAUUGAAUGAGUCUAAUAAGGAGAACAUCGAGAUCUUCACACGAAAGCUUCGGCUGCUCCAGGCGGAAAAACAGGAAUGGCACAAGAGUUUUGACCGAUGUGUUGCUCCGCUCAAAAGUCUUUCGAUUGUGAGCGAUGAAGUCAAUGAGCAGAAAUUAGCCAAGCAUGUAGAGAGACAUAACGAUGAACGUAUUGUUGCGGAUGUUCUAGGUGAAGGCUUGUUGAAACAAAUGCAAGCUGGCACCGACGAGGUGAAGGAGAACGUUGCAAAAAAGCUUGAGGAAUCCGUAGACAAGCUUUACCACAUGCUGUAUCAGAUGGGCCAGACGGUCAAACUUGUGGCCAGGGUUGAAAAAGAACUUCUCCAAGCACAGGUUGCACAAGUUGUCCAGAAUUUCAUGGGUCGUGGCUACGGCGCCGAAUCGACUCAUCACAUCUCAUGCAAGGAGCUUCUUCGAGGUAUUUCGAGGUUGGACGCUCCUAAGUCCAAGGUUACGCGGUGA